GACAUUUUUGAAUUUGUAACGUUAAACUGCAGCAUAACAAGCACUUGUCAGCCACAGUGCCGAAACGCUGUGCUCAAUCUGUAUCAGAAUCGUUUGGGAAGGGCUCUGUUGCGAACCGAUGCAUCGUGCAUCCCUGGGAGGUAUGAGAUGAAAAUGUGCAACUUGUUACCCGAAAGAAGUCCACUUCAUUGCAAUCUGGCGAAACUAAUUUGUGAGGCAGAUAUGACCUGCAAUGCCAAAUGGGAAGUAUUCACAUCGGAGUGUGAAUCAGAUGCAGUGCACGAUCAGUGCAGUGACCAGUGCAAACAGCGUUUGCAGGAUACAUUUGCAACUGAAAAAGGCGCUGCACUUGCACAUUGCACAUGCACGAAACAGGAGGAUCAACUCUGUGAAAAUCUCAAAAAUACUACUCUCAAAGCUUGUUCGGAGGUAAGUGCGCACAGAUGA